AUGGAGGCUUGCGGUGUGGAGGGAAGUGACGUGGCUGCUUGCAAGCUCAUAUUGGCCUACAGGAAUGGAGGGCAGUGGAAGAAAGCUGUUGACUUUCUUGACUCGUGGAUGGCGCAGGCCGCCACUAUUGAUGGUGGUGAUAAUAACGGUGGCACUGUUCAUGGUGGUGCGCCGCACAUGCUGCCGGACGCCGCCACCCUCAACACGCUGAUGCCGGCUAUGAGACGAGCCGACCGGGCGGCAGCAGGAAUACUGCUGUAUGACCUGCUGACAGGGAGGGAGGAGGAGGAGGAGGAGAGCUUUGAGAGGGACGUGCUGGUGAGGGGAAAAGGGGAUAGAAAGAGAGAUGGGGAGUUGGCUGAACGUGGGAAGGGAGAGGGCAACGAGGGGGGAGGAGGGGAGAGGGAGGGGAGGAAGCGUGGGAGGUUGACUCGUUUGACUUUGGGAGACUGGGCUGAAUUUGGCCGAACAGGGAGGCUGCUGGUGCUGGAGAGACAGCUGCAAGAAAUGGAAGAGGGCAGCAAGGCCAAAGCAGUCAGAAGGGGUGAGAAGGUAGUGAGGAAGGGUGAGAGGGGGUGGGAUGAGGAGGAGAAGGGUGUGAGGGAGCUGCUGGGGUUGCUUGAAGCAGGUCGAGUAGUGACUCAUGAGUGGAUCCAGAAGCAUCAAGGACCAGCAAGGAUCAGUGGCUCACAGCCAGACUACAGAGGAAGGAGUGUGGGUAGUGGUAGUGGUGGCAGUGGUAGCAUUGGUAGCGGUGAUGACAGUGCUUGUAGGACAGCAGGAACCGAGGAUGAGCUUAUAACGAAUUUGCGUCGAGAAAGUGCUUAUAACGGGGUUCUGUCAGAAGGCGUUGACUGGCAGGGAAGAGUUUGUGUCAAGCCGGACUGUGUGACUGUAACGGAGGUGAUUCUAGCGAAGGUGGCGCUAGGGCAGGAUGAAGGCGCGUUGGAGGUGUUCUGGGAAGCUGUGGGGGGGAGGGAGGGGGGGAUGGGUGGGGGAGGAGGGGAAAGGGGGAAGGGGGAAGGGGGAGGGAAUGAGGGGAGGAUGAUUGGAGGAGGAGGAAAGGGAAGCAGGGGCAGGAAGAGAGAAAGGGUUGGUCCACUCAUGUCUUCUCUGUCAACUCAGUCAACUCAGUCAACUCAGUCCACCAAGAGGUCAAUCAAAGCAGAUGCGCACAUGUGCAGCGCUGCUCUGAGUGCGUGCAGGCGACGGGGCCUGUGGUGGGAGGCUGAUGCUGUGUGGGCUUUCAUGGAACGACGAGGUGCUGGCACGGGUGUGGAGGAGCGAGCGGGCAGAGGAAGUGACAGAGAGCGCACAGGCAGCACACAGCAGUGGAGCAGCACACAGCUAAUGCGCUCCCUCCCACCACCCCUUUUCCCCCAUCCUCUCCUGUCUCUCCCCCUGCUCCCCUUCCCCACAUUCCCCUCCCAGAAUCCGCCCCACAACCUCACAGGCAUGGUGGCGGUGAUGGCACGGGCAGGGAAGAGCGAGCGAGCACAGCAGGAGGUGGAAAGCGCACAGGCAGCCGGGGUGGCGCUGCAGCAGCAGACAGCCAACGCGCUGCUGGAUGCUCUUGCUUUCACAUACAGGGGAUCGUGCCUCACAGGCAUGGUGGCGGUGAUGGCACGGGCAGGGCGGAGCGAGCGGGCAGAGCAGGUAGUGGGGAGGGCACAGGCAGCCGGGGUAUUUCUGCAGCAGCAGACAGCCAACGCGCUGCUGGAUGCUCUGGCGUCCACAGGGGAUGUGCGGCGCACUGCUGCCCUCUUCUCGCGCCUCUUCCUGCCCUCUGGAAACUUCUCUCCUCCCAUGGAUUCCCAGCAGAAGGGUCUGAGACUGAGACCCUCCUCCUUGCAGGCGGACGCGUUCUCCUCAGGAAAGGGGCGCCGGAAGGCCGGCCUGCAGGCGGACACGUUCUCCUUCAACGCUCUGCUGAAAGCCCAUGCGAGGCGGCUGCAGCCGGUGGGAGCAGUGCAAACGGUGCAGCUGAUGCCGUCGGUGGAGUCGGUGCAGACUAUGGUUAUGCUGGGAGGACCAACUGACAACGCUAAGGGCGACACAAAGGGAUCUAAUGAGGGAGAUAGUAGGAGAAUGGGCGACUCCAGCAGUUUAAUAGCGAGUCUGUUGAAAGAGGGGACAAUCAGGAAUCAGGGAUCAGGGGUUACUUCUGUGGAGUCUCAAGAGGAGGAAUUCAGCAGUAUGGGUAUGAGAGCAGGGAAAGAGCAGCAGGAGGCAGAAUCAGAUUCUGGUGAUGCGAAGGGCAAGGCGAACAAGGAUGUGAACGGGUGGGCGGCGCAGGGCCCUGUGGAGGUGUUUGGAGCGAUGCAGGGCAUGGGGAUUCCCAUUGAUGAAUACACUAUCUCGGGCCCUGUGCAGGUGUUUGGAUCGAUGCAGGGCAUGGGGAUUGCCAUUGAUGAGUACACUAUCUCGGUAAGGGCGUGUGUGGGGCGUGGGGGAGAGGGGGAGGCGGGGAGGGAGGACGUGCGGAGGGGCAUGGAGGUGUAUGGGAAGAUGAGGAAGGUAGAGAGGGAGGAGGAUGGGGCGCUGGAGAAAGUGAUUUGGACUCUGCUGCGAGCUUGCGAGGUAAGAUGGACUUCAGCUGGGUGA